AUGCCUCUCUUGAUAUGCCACCGGCUGCUGCUGGUUCUCCUCCUCUGGGUCGCCGCCUCCCAUGGCGAUUCAUCUGAUGAUGGUACUUACGACACCUCCAUGUGCCUGAAUCAAAGUUACACCUGCGGAGGCGUGAACAUCACCUACCCGUUCUAUCUCGCCGGGGAGACAAAAGAUGUCAAGGGCAACGCCAACUCCUACUGUGGCUACCCUGGCCUGGGGAUCCUCUGCGACGACGAGAAGCCCAUCCUGCAGCUCAACGGCGCCGCCAACUACACGGUGACGAGCUUCGACGACGCGCUCGCAACGCUCACUCUAGCCGAUCCGGAAGUCGAAGACGGCAAGCCCUGCCCGAGACCAAGAAUCAACCGCAACAUCACUUUUCAAGAGGGAUCGCUGCUGUUCUUUCCUGACAGCGCGGUCGAUUACCUUAUCUUCUUCAUCGGCUGCAACUUCAACUUUACCUUCUACAAACCGAGUAGCAUCUACCCGAUCAGCUGCGAAAGCUUUGACGAUGGUCCUGGUCCUGGGCUAUCGUUUGUGCUUCCGGAUGAUGCAGUGCCCGCCGGCAACUGGGUGCAAGCGUGUAACCAAGUCAUACAAUUGCCUGUGCACAAAUACGGCGAGAUCAACCUUACUGACCCUGGAUGGACAAACGGGAGUAGAUAUGCCAGUGUUCUUCGUCAGGAAUUCCAGCUGGGAUGGAACGAGAGCGCAAAGCCCCCAGCAUGUACCCAGUGCGAGGGAUCCAAUUCCAGGGCAAGGUGCGGUUACAGCCGGACAGGGGAUUUCAUCGGCUGCUUGUGCCCUGACGGCCGAGUACACUCCGAUAAUAAUUGCAAUAAAGCCCGAUCGAAGAGCAGAAAUAAGAUGGUUAUACCAGGUGUAGUGGCCGGUGUUGCCGCAGGCUUGCUUGCUCUUGCCGUGAUAGCUUUUUUGUUCAUUCGCAAGAGAAGGCAGAGGAAGGUCGUGAACUCGUCUUCGAAGCUCCUCAAGUACAGGUACAGCGGCUCCGGCGGGACCCCGACGCGCUCCAGGGGCGGCGACAUGGAGUCCGGCAGCAGCCAGGACAUGGGCAACCGGUUCAGCUACGAGGAGCUCGAGGAGGCCACCGAUUCCUUCAACGAGAACAGAGAGCUCGGCGACGGCGGCUUUGGCACCGUCUACAAAGGUUACCUGGGGGACGGCCGGGUGGUGGCGGUGAAGCGGCUGUACAACAACAGCUACCGGCGCGUGGAGCAGUUCGUGAACGAGGCGGCGAUCCUGGCCCGGCUGCGGCACCCGAACCUGGUCAUGUUCUACGGGUGCACCUCCAAGGAGAGCCGCGAGCUGCUCCUGGUCUACGAGUUCGUCCAGAACGGCACGGUGGCCGACCACCUGCACGGGCCCCGCGCGGCGGAGCGCGCCCUCCCGUGGCCGCUCCGGCUCAGCAUCGCCGUGGAGUCCGCGGCGGCGCUGACCUACCUCCACGCCAUCGAGCCGCCCAUCGUGCACCGCGACGUCAAGACCAACAACAUCCUCCUGGACACCGACUUCCACGUCAAGGUCGCCGACUUCGGCCUCUCCCGCCUCUUCCCGCUCGACGCCACGCACGUCUCCACCGCCCCCCAGGGCACCCCAGGGUACGUGGACCCGGAGUACCACCAGUGCUACCAGCUGACGGACAAGAGCGACGUGUACAGCUUCGGCGUGGUGCUGGUGGAGCUCAUCUCGUCCAAGCCCGCCGUGGACAUCACCCGGCAGAGGAACGAGAUCAACCUGGCCGGCAUGGCCAUCAGCAAGAUCCAGAAGUGCCGGCUGGAGGAGCUGGUGGACGUGGAGCUGGGAUACGAGUCGGACCCGGCGGCGAGGAAGAUGAUGACCAUGGUGGCGGAGCUGGCGUUCCGGUGCCUGCAGCAGAACGGCGAGAUGCGCCCGCCGAUAAGGGAGGUGCUGGACGUGCUCAGGGCCAUCCAGGAUGAGUGCCUGGGUCACAAAGACGGUGGAGGCAAAGGCAAGGACUUUGCCGAGCCCAUCUCCCCCAACACGGUGCACGCUCCCUGGGACAGCAGGACCACCACCCCUAACACCAGCCAGUAG